AAACUAUUUGAACAAGCUGUGACACGUAGAUUUGGGUAUACAGGCCGCACAGGGGAUUGACUGAAGGUCGAAAUAACAGGGAAGCCAUGUUGGAUUUUCAGUAAAUUAACUGCUCGUGUGGUCCCAGCUUCAGAAAUGUUCCCCCGGCGCAGUGCCCAGGAAGUCAUAAGGUGUGACCUCUGUGAACAGAGUCAUUGUGAACUUUGUAACAUAAAUCUCUGUGUUAACUGCGUAGGAAAACACAUCUCGGAUUCGUCUAAACGAGAAAAAGUCGUGCACUUUUUACACAGAGAGUCUACUCCAAGCUACCCGAAAUGUCCGAAACACGCUGAAAAACACAGCGAACUUCACUGUGAAGAAUGUGAUAUCCCUGUCUGUUCUACCUGCAUCUCCUCAGGUAAACACAAAAGUCACGAUAUAUCAGAUAUUCUUGAAAAACUUGCCUCAAAAACACGAAAUUUGCAAAAAGAUUUGGAAGAAUUAGAGACCAGAAUUUGUCCCCGAUAUGAAAAAAUGGCCUCCGAUGUCCAAAUUGAAAAGGGCGAGUUAGAAACGAAUUACGGGAAACUGACAACAGCUGCCGACCAACAAGGUGAAGUCUUACACCAGGAGAUCGCCGCCAUUGUCAACCGACGGAAAUCUGAUAUUGAGGAGAUGAAAAACAAACAUCUAGCUGCCCUGAAUAAAAACACAGAUGAAAUCACCCAGAAAAUUACUGAACUCAAACAGAUCAUUUCCGACUUGAAAUCAAUACAAAAAUCAAAUGACUUAACCUAUACUUACAAAUCAAGGAAUUCCGAAUUUAGGACAUUACCUCCAAAAGUCCGAGCUACAUUACCAAGUUUUUCUCCCCAGGAAAUAAACAAAGAUCAGCUCAAUGAAAUGUUUGGAUCUCUAUCACCAUUAUCCAUUAACACAGAAGAGCACGGCGACACAAUAAAGUCACCAGAAGCUGUAUCGUCUCCUCCAGUCAUACCAAUGAAGUCACCAGAAGCUGUAUCGUCUCCUCCAGUCAAACCAAUGAAGUCACCAGAAGCUGUAUCGUCUCCUCCAGUCAAACCACUGCUUGAUGAACCGCGACUCGUCGCCACCAUAGACACUGGGCAUGAAAAACUUCGCACUGUUAGCUGUCCCGAUGAAGAACAAGUCUGGACAUGCGGGGAUAACGAAAUCAUAAAGCUCCUCGACCUCCAGGGUAACCUACGGGCAUCAAUACAAACCAAGUCAGGGACCUGGCCAUAUGACAUAGCAGUGACACGGGACGGAGAUCUUGUUUAUACAUGUGCUGAUGGCACUAUAAUCUUAGUGAAGAAUAAACAGAUACAGAACGUGAUCACACCACGUCGCUGGAGACCUUUUAAUGUCUGCACUACCUCGUCUGGUGGUUUCUUGGUUACCAUGGAGAGUAGUGAUCUCCUCCAUUCCAAAGUUGUCCGCUACUCUGACUCCACAGAGACACAAACCAUUCAGUUUGAUGAUGAAGGUCGUCCUCUCUAUUCACCUGAUUAUAACUAUAAAUACAUCAGCGAGAACAGGAACCUCGAUAUAUGUGUGGUUGAGAAGAUAACUAGAGCAGUAGUGGUGGUCAAUCAGUCAGGAAAACUUCGAUUUAGAUACACUGGUCAUCCCUCUAAUACCGAGCAAUCAUUUAAACCAGUCGGCAUCACUACAGACAGCCAGAGUCACAUCCUGACAGCAGACAGUACUAAUAACUGUAUCCACAUCCUAGAUCAGGACGGACAGUUCCUCUGUUACAUUGAGAACUGUGAAUUAGACACUCCAUGGGGCAUAUGCGUGGACAUCAGAGACAACCUCUUUGUUGCUGAGAAUCUCACUGCUAAAGUGAAGAAAAUCCAAUAUAUGUAAACACAGUGUUAAUUACAUUAUCUAAACACUAUGCCAAUUACAUAUCUAAGCAGAGUACUAUUAUUGUGGUGUGUUAAUUAAUUGCAGUUGCGUUUUGAUUACAGCCCCGUGUUUGUGAUGUGUAACUAACAUGUACUUGUGUUUGUUUCGCUUGUUGAACAUUAGUCUCUCACUGCUGUUUAUUGAUUUUAUCUUACAAUAUCUGUAUUAUCAUGUUUAGUGGAACAAUAAAUAAUUCUAAUGUACUAA